AUGGCUAGUAGGUUAAGGGCCUUCACCAAGAUGAACCCCCCAGUGCACUACGGGUCCAAGUCCAGCGAGGAUCCUCAUGAGUUCGUACAUGAGGUCCACAUGAUUCUUUGUGCCAUGGGAGUAUAUAAGGAGGAAAAGACUGAGUUGAAUGCAUAUCAAGUCAAGGAUGUGGCACAGGUUUGGUACCAUAUGUUUGCUUAUGCCCGAGCUAGAGGAGAUGUUCCCAUCACUUGGGAAGUUCUAAAGAGGUUCUUUCCCAGAGCUCAAAGGGAAGCCAAAGUCAAAGAGUUCAUCAACCUGAGACAGGGAGGUAUGUCUGCCAAGGAGUAUUCCUUGAAGUUUGUUAAACUUUCAAAGUAUGCUUCUUCUUUGGUGGAAAAUAUAAGAGAUGAGAUGAGUAGAUUCGUUACAAGCGUAUCUGAGGAUCUGGUAGAACAUUGUCGGGAAGCCAUACUGCAUGACAAUAUGGAUCUAGGCAGGUUAAUGGUGCAUGCUCAACAAGUGGAGGAGAGUCACCGUAAAAGAAAGGUUAACAAAGUGACCUUUCUUGGUCAUGUUGUGACAGACGAAUGUGUUGAAGUUGAUCCAAAGAAGGUUGAGGCGGUGAAGAAUUGGCCGAGACCCCUUACUCCUACAGAUAUUCGGAGCUUUCUGGGUUUAGCCAAUUAUCAUUGCAGGUUUGUAGAAGGGUUUUCAAUUAUUGCUGCACCAUUGAUCGCAUUGACAAAGAAGAAGGCAAAGUUUGAGUGGUCCGAGAAAUGUGAAAAUAUCUUUCGAGAACUCAAAGGACCGACUCACUUCAGCCCCAGUAUUGACGUUGUCGAGGAGUUUUGGAGAAAUUAUUUGUAUGGUGUACAGGUUGAUGUGUAUACUGACAUAAGAGUCUUCAGUAAGGCCAAUGUGGUGGCCGAUGUAUUGAGAAGACUGAGCAUGGGCAGCGUUUCACAUAUUGAUGAUGAGAAGAAGGAGAUUGUUAAAGAGAAAAGUUUGGGUACACAGGCGAAGCUUAGUACUGCUUUCCAUCCGCAGACAAAUGGACAAGUAGAGCGUACUAUCAAGACCCUUGAAGACAUGUUGAGAGAAUGUAUUAUUGAUUUCAAGGGGAGUUUGGAUGAUCACUUGCCGCUGAUAGAGUUCUCUUACAAUAAUAGCUACAUUUAA